UUCUGCCAAAAUGGAGCUGAGUGAUGCGAAUUUACAGACUUUAACUGAGUAUCUAAAGAAAACACUAGAUCCAGAUCCUGCUAUAAGGCGUCCUGCGGAAAAGUUUCUUGAGUCAGUUGAAGGAAGCCAGAAUUAUCCAUUGUUACUCUUAACGCUGCUGGAGAAAUCACAGGAAAAUGUCAUCAAAGUUUGUGCAUCUGUAACAUUCAAGAAUUAUAUUAAAAGGAACUGGAGAAUUGUUGAGGAUGAACCGAACAAAAUAUGUGAAUCAGACAGGAUAGCCAUUAAAGCCAACAUAGUGCCCUUGAUGCUUAGCAGCCCAGAACAAAUUCAAAAGCAGUUAAGUGAUGCUAUUAGUAUUAUUGGUCGGGAAGACUUUCCUCAGAAAUGGCCAGACUUACUGACAGAAAUGGUGAAUCGCUUUCAAAGUGGAGAUUUCCAUGUCAUUAAUGGGGUCCUUCGCACUGCUCACUCUUUAUUUAAAAGGUACCGCCAUGAAUUUAAGUCAAAUGAACUAUGGACAGAGAUCAAACUUGUCCUUGAUGCUUUUGCUUUACCCUUGACAAAUCUCUUUAAGGCAACUAUUGAACUUUGCAGCACACAUGCAAAUGAUGCUAGUGCUUUGAAGGUUCUCUUUUCUUCUCUCAUUCUAAUUGCGAAGCUCUUCUACAGUUUAAAUUUUCAGGAUCUUCCUGAGUUUUUUGAAGAUAACAUGGAAACAUGGAUGACAAAUUUUCAUAGUCUUUUAACUUUAGAUAAUAAACUUUUGCAGACUGAUGAUGAAGAAGAAGCUGGAUUACUGGAACUCCUGAAAUCACAAAUUUGUGAUAAUGCUGCUUUAUACGCUCAAAAAUACGAUGAAGAAUUCCAGCCCUACCUGCCACGUUUUGUAACAGCAAUCUGGAAUCUGUUAGUCACAACGGGCCAGGAAGUGAAAUAUGACUUGCUGGUUAGUAAUGCAAUCCAGUUUCUGGCCUCAGUUUGUGAGCGACCACAUUACAAGCAUCUGUUUGAAGACCAGAAUACAUUGACAAGCAUCUGUGAAAAAGUUAUUGUUCCCAAUAUGGAAUUUAGAGCGGCUGAUGAAGAAGCAUUUGAAGAUAAUUCUGAAGAAUAUAUAAGAAGGGAUUUGGAAGGAUCUGAUAUUGACACCAGGCGCAGAGCAGCUUGUGAUCUCGUCAGAGGCUUGUGCAAAUUUUUUGAAGGACCUGUGACAGGGAUUUUUUCUGGAUAUGUUAAUUCUAUGCUGCAAGAAUAUGCAAAGAAUCCAUCUGUUAACUGGAAGCACAAAGAUGCAGCUAUUUACCUCGUUACGUCUUUGGCAUCCAAAGCUCAAACACAGAAGCAUGGAAUAACACAAGCCAAUGAACUUGUUAAUCUGACAGAAUUCUUUGUGAAUCACAUUCAACCUGACUUGAAGUCUGCUAGUGUGAAUGAAUUCCCUGUGCUAAAAGCAGAUGGUAUCAAAUAUAUCAUGAUUUUUAGAAACCAAGUACCUAAAGAACAACUGUUGGUAUCUAUUCCUCUCUUAAUCAAUCAUCUCCAAGCAGAAAGUAUUGUGGUCCAUACUUAUGCAGCCCAUGCUCUUGAAAGACUGUUUACCAUGAGGGGGACAAAUAAUACUACCCUCAUUACAGCUGCAGAAAUGGCACCAUUUGUAGAAGUGCUAUUAACAAACCUUUUUAAAGCGCUGACGCUUCCUGGCUCAUCUGAAAAUGAAUACAUUAUGAAAGCCAUCAUGAGGAGUUUUUCUCUGCUACAAGAAUCCAUAAUUCCAUACAUCCCUUCUGUCAUCACACAGCUUACACAGAAACUGCUGGCUGUCAGUAAGAAUCCAAGCAAACCUCACUUUAACCAUUACAUGUUUGAAUCAAUAUGCCUGUCGAUAAGGAUAACGUGCAAAGCAAACCCUGAUGCAGUUGGAAGCUUUGAAGAGGCUUUGUUUAUGGUGUUCACUGAGAUACUACAGAAUGAUGUGCAAGAGUUCAUUCCAUAUGUGUUUCAAGUGAUGUCCCUACUUCUGGAAAUGCAUAAAAAUGAAAUCCCAUCUUCCUAUAUGGCAUUGUUUCCUCAUCUACUUCAGCCAGUAUUAUGGGAAAGGACAGGAAACAUUCCUCCUUUGGUCCGACUCCUGCAGGCUUAUUUAGAGCGGGGUGCCAAUACAAUAGCAAGUGCUGCUGCUGACAAAAUUCCUGGAUUGUUAGGUGUGUUCCAGAAGUUGAUCGCCUCUAAAGCUAAUGACCAUCAAGGAUUCUAUCUUCUAAACAGUAUUAUAGAGCAUAUGCCUCCUGAAUCGGUUGACCAGUACAGGAAACAGAUCUUCAUUCUACUAUUCCAAAGACUUCAAAAUUCCAAAACAACAAAAUUUAUUAAAAGUUUCCUAGUCUUCAUUAACUUGUACUGCAUAAAAUAUGGGGCAUUAGCUCUGCAGGAAAUAUUUGACAGCAUACAGCCAAAGAUGUUUGGAAUGGUUUUGGAGAAAAUUAUAAUUCCUGAAAUCCAGAAAGUGUCUGGACAAGUAGAAAAGAAAAUCUGUGCUGUUGGCAUUACAAAAAUAUUAACAGAAUGUCCUCCUAUGAUGGACACUGAGUACACCAAGCUAUGGACUCCUUUGCUGCAGGCCCUCAUUGGCCUCUUUGAACUGCCCGAGGAUGACACUAUCCCUGAUGAAGAACACUUCAUUGACAUAGAAGAUACUCCAGGAUAUCAGACUGCAUUCUCUCAGCUAGCCUUUGCUGGAAAAAAAGAACACGAUCCUGUAGGUCAAAUGGUGAACAAUCCUAGAAUCCAUCUGGCACAGUCUCUUCACAAACUGUCUACAGCGUGCCCAGGCAGGGUUCCAUCAAUGCUGAGUACUAGUCUGAAUGCAGAAGCGUUGCAGUAUCUCCAAGGAUACCUCCAAGCUGCAAGUGUGACACUGCUCUGAAUUGCAUAUAUUCCACAAGCAAGAUCAAAAGGUGUUUUGUUAUACAGAAGGUUGACAGUGACUUUUUUAUAGCAGAGCUCAGACAAAAUGAAAAAUGCUACUUGAAAAUGUAUUGCAGAAUCCAUCUUGUAAAAGAUAAAUGUGGCUUUAAGCAGAAACUGAAAGAAUUCGGUGGUUUGUGUACCAUAGAUAAAAGGUGGCUAACUUCCAUUCCCAGUUUAAUGUCAAAGGGAAUAGUCAUAGCAGUUUGUUAUGGGAUUUAUUUGAAAUCUGCAUCUGCAGUGUUUGGAUAACAUUUUGAAAUGUAUGGAGAGCACUGGCUGUAGAAACUCACUUUGGUCACUAAAAUUCCUUUUCAUUUUGAUGUUGUCCUUUGUAUUUCUUUUGUCUUUCCUUAAACUUUAUCUAAAUUGUGAAUAAAUAAGAAGUACUUGUUUAAAA